AUGGAAAAUCCUUCUAUUGAACCGGCUAUCUUGCUGAAGAUAAAUAUCAAUUGUUGUGAGUUUUGCCCCGGGAGACUGGAGAGAGCACUGCUAACAAUCGAUGGUGUUCUUUCAGUUGCCGUGUACCGCGAAAAAAACUUGGUCGCUGUUAAAGGCAAAGUAGACCCGAACAAACUGAUUGCUUCCAUUAAAGCAUGGGGAAAAACUGCAAAAUUCUUAGGCUAUGAUGGAGGUCCGAUGAAUUUCAAUAACCAUGCCGAUAAGGAGAAGUCCAAGAGCUCAAAGCCCGUCAGGGAUAAGUGCCCUGAACACAACAAUUUUCCCAAAAAUGGGAAGGAAAGAAAUCGUGGCUAUCCAAAAGAUGAGAGUCGUAAGAAGGAAGAGAGUAGUCAUGAGCCUGAAGCUUAUGUUGCACCCCAAAUUGACCGAGAAGUAUGCAGGGAUCCUUACUGCAAACUCCAUAAGAGCAGACCAAUCUUUCAUAACAAGGUGCCCUCAAUCAACUGUGCUGAUCAUCCUCACCACACUGGCGGUUUUUUCGCUAGAGGUGGAAGUGGAAGUCAUUUUCUUACCCAUGGCAACGCUUCUCCAUAUGAUUACCCAAGGAUGGCGCCGCCGCAUCCAAUGAUGGAGCAACCUGGAUAUGGUUUCUACUCUGGGAGCUAUUAUGGGCCAAGAUUUGAUGACUACUCUUACCAUGAUGAUGCCCCAUAUCCUAGGCACUGGCCCUAUAUGUGAGUGAGGUUCAGGAGAAUGGAGGUUUCCAGUUCUUGACUACUUCAUUUCUUGAAAUUUUUCUAAAAUGAGUUUGAUUCAUAGUUUACUUAGGUUCUUUCGUUUGCUGUGCCAGUAUCUAUUCCAGAGCUGUUACUAUGACAGCAUACUGGCAGAUUAUUCUAGUUGAUGAAGUUGAUAAGUUGCACUUUGUGUGGCAAUAGGUGGUGGAAUCUGGAUGUUCAUCUGGACAAAUUUAUGUUUUCCUUGUCAUCUU